AUGGUCUCUCUUGAACCUGAACCUGUUCAAGUUAACCUCAGAUCUAGUGAUGCUCCUUCAAGUCCUAGAAUAUCUUUCUCAGCAGAGUUUCUAGAUGAAAACAACUUCAUCACUAUAAGUCCAAAUCCUCUUUACAAGGAAAAAGACCAAGAGAAAGACCAUCAUGAAAAAACAAAGAACACAGAUCAGUUUGAGUUUCUGUCAAACAACAACAUGAGCAGCAACAGCACUGUUUUGUCAGCUGAUGAACUUUUCUUUGAAGGCAAAAUCCUUCCCUUUUGGCAGAUGCAACAUCUAGAGAAGCUCAACAAGAUCAACCUGAAAGCGAAAGACGUAGAAGUAGAAAUCGAAGGAGAAGAAGAAGAAGGAGGAGAACAUGAAGAGGAAGUGAUUGAAGUUGUAGUGAACAACAAAGAAGAUAGUAGUAGAGUAAAUUGGUUUGUUGAUGAUGAUCCAUCACCAAGGCCACCAAAAUGCACUGUUCUAUGGAAAGAGUUAUUAAGGUUGAAGAAACAAAGAGCUUCUUCUUUAUCGCCUUCCUCGUCUUCAUCGUCUUCGUCGUCAAACGCUAGCUCGCUCGGGGACGCGGCUGCUAAAGAAGGCUCGAGGAACAAAGAGAAUCAACAUGUGAAGAGGAUAAAGAAAGGGUUGGAGAGAACAAGAUCAGCUACUAUUAGAAUUAGACCAAUGGUUAAUGUUCCAAUUUGUACACAAAUGAAGAACAGUGCUUUGCCUCCACUAUUUCCACUUAAGAAGGGUAAAUUAGAGAGGUAA